CGAGUGUACUUCGCCCUUAACAUUCUUUUCUCGUCUCUGAAAAUUAAACCCAGAAAAAAAAAAAAAACCAAAUUUCAAGAAGAAGGUUUUCCGUUCCACCAACUCCGUUAACGAUCUCAUUUCCAGUUCGAAUCCGUUAACUCUUCUUCAGACGGAGAAAAACCAUAAUUUGGCCCGUCUUUCUUGAAUUUCUUUUUUUUGGGGUUUAGCAAUCAAGCUUUUCGAUGUUUACGCCACAGAGGAGGCCGUCGCCGGCAAUCACGCUUACUCCUCGGAGUGAGAUGCACAGAAGUGGCGGGGCCAAUGCGGGGGCCACUAGCACUGGAAUUGGGGCAAAGGGCAAGGCGGUGGCGUUAAUUGACGGGGCGCUCCCGCCUCCACCGCCGGUGGGAUCGCUGAGUGGGAAUGCAGGGGCGCUGGAUACGGAAGAUGUGGAGGCUUGGAGGAGGUUUAGAGAGGUGGGUUUGUUGGAUGAGGCUGCUAUGGAGAGAAGGGACCGUGAGGCGCUUCUAGAGAAGGCAUCGAGGCUUGAAAAGGAGCUUUUUGAUUAUCAAUAUAACAUGGGCCUCCUCCUUAUUGAGAAAAAAGAGUGGACUUCAAAGUAUGAAGAACUAAGGCAAGCAUGGGCAGAAACUGAAGAAAUUCUCAAACGUGAACAGGCAGCGCACUUAAUUGCUUUAUCUGAAGUUGAGAAACGACAGGAAAACUUAAGAAAAGCAUUGAGCGUUGAGAAGCAGUGUGUGGGUGAACUUGAAAAGGCUUUGCAUGACUUGCAAGAGGAGCAUGUUCUAAUCAAGAAAGUUUCUGACUCAAAGUUGGCUGAUGCAAAAGCUUUGGCUGCUGGAAAUGAGGAGAAAUCUCUGGAGGUAGAAGAAAAGAUGCGCGUUGCUGAAUCCAAGCUUGCUGAAGUUAACAUGAAAAGCUCAGAGCUGGAUAUGAAAUUAAAUCAGUUAGAAGCUCGUGAAAACUUGCUUCAGAGGGAGCGCCUCUCCUUUAAUACAGAACGAGAAGCACACAAGGCAACUUUCUAUAAACAGAGAGAAGACUUGCAAGAAUGGGAGAAGAAACUACGUCAAGGGGAAGAGAGCUUAUGUGAGCUCCGGAGGACCCUUAACCAGAGAGAGGAAAAGGCAAGUGAAGAUGAGAGGGUUCUUAAGAAGAAGGAGAGGGAUCUUGAAGAGGCAGAAAAGAAGGUUGAUAUAUCAUUUGCUAAGUUGAAGGAGAGGGAAGUUGAUGUAAAUAAUCGGCUGUUGGGCUUGGUUACAAAAGAGAAGGAAGCUGAUUCUCUGAGAAGCACCCUAGAGAUUAAAGAGAAGGAAUUGCUUGCUUUGGAAGACAAGCUCAGUGCUAGAGAAAGAGUGGAAGUCCAGGAGCUCCUUGAUGAGCAUAGGACCAUUCUUGAUGCUAAAAUUCAGGAGGCUGACUUGGAAUUGACAGAGAAAAGGAAGAAUCUUGAAGAAGAAUUGAGAAGCAAGUCUGAUGGAGUGAGGCUGCUGGAAACAGAAAUCUUUCACAGAGAAGAAAAGUUGGGAAAGCGAGAGCUAGCUUUGGAUAGGAAGUCUGAUAGGAUGAAGGAUAAAGAGAAGGACCUUGAUGCAAAAUUGAAGGUUGUAAAGGAGAAAGAUAAGUCUAUGAAGGCUGAGCAGAAACAGUUGGAGCUGCAGAAGAAGCAAUUGCUUUCUGAUGAAGUAAGUGUGCAACUCCUCGAGGAUGACUGCGAGAAGCUGAGGGCCGAGAUUGCUCAGCAGGAGUUGCAGAUUGGGGAAGAGAGUGAAAGCAUUAAAAUAACUAAUAACGAGAGGUUAGAAUACCUUCGCUUGCAGGCUGAACUGAAACAGGAACUAGAGAAGUGCCGGCGCCAGGCAGAGUUUCUUUUGAAAGAAGCUGAAGAGUUAGAACAGGAAAGGGAGAGGUCUGAGAAGGAGAGGGAAGUGCUGGAAGAGAAAAGAGCUCAAAUUAACAAGGAGCAGAAGGACAUUGUUGAAGAGAGAGAGAGAUUAGAAAAGAUGAAGUAUGCUGGAGGGGAAAGCCUGAAAAAAGAGGAAAAUGACAUUCAGGAGUAUGCUCAGAGAGAGUUGGAGGCUAUUAGACUAGAGAAAGAAUCGUUUGAAGCCAGAAAGAGGCAUGAACAAUUGGUUUUAUCUGAAAAGGCUGAAAAUGUGCACAUUCAAAUGGUUCAAGACUUUGAAUCAGAGAGAUGUAAUUUUGAGACUGGCUUAAUAAAUAGGCGGGAAGAAAUGGAGAAAGCACUGCGAGGAAGGGAAAGGGCGAUUGAGGUGCUGAAGGAGAGAGAACUUAACACCAUUAACAACUUAAAAGAAGUUGCACGCAGGGAAAUGGAAGAAAUAGAGUCUGAAAGACGUGCAAUGGACAAGGAAAGACAAGAAGUUGUAAAAAACAAGGAGAAGCUAGAAGAACAACAAUAUGGAAUUAAGAAGGACAUUGAUGAGCUUGGGAUGCUUAGCAAUAAGCUUCGGAAACAAAGAGAGCAGGUUAUCAGAGAAAGAAACUACUUUCUUUCAUUUGUUGAGAAGCACAAGAGCUGCACGAAUUGUGGAGAUGUUACUAGGGAGUUUGUACUUUCUGAUCUCCAGCCACCGGAGAUGGAAGAAAGAGAGACCCUUCCUUCACCAAAAAUAUCUGAUGAAUUUUUCAGGAAUAAUGAAGGUGGUGCAGAUGCUUCUGAUAUUCUGAAUAUCAAGAGACCCCUCAGUGAAGAUUUGGGAUCCUACUCUCAGGGACGCAUGUCGUGGCUCCGCAAAUGCACCUCAAAGAUUUUCAGCAUUUCUCCUACUAGAAAGAUUCAGCAUGUUUCUGCUCCAGCAUUUGAGGGAGGGUUCCCUUCAUCACCUGUGCGUGCUGAUAUGGAAGAAAGAGUUGAGGGAUCUGCUGUGCAAAAAGCUAUCACAUCCAGUUCUAUUCCUGUAGAUCAAGCACAAGUGUCCUUUGGUACUGCAGAUGAUACUGUUGACAUUCAGCAUCCCCAAUCUGAUGGAAUAAAAAGAGAUGCAGGUGGUGGGUAUUCUGUGUCUGUUGAUGAUCAAAGCUAUAUGGAUAGUAAGACACAGGACCUGCCAGAAGAUUCUGAGCUGUCAGAGCUGAAGAACAGAAGGCAUAAACCUGGGAGGAGACAGAAGGCUGGACCAGGCAGAACAAGGUCAAUAAAGGCAGUGGUUGAGGAUGCAAAGUUGUUUCUUGGGGAAAGCCUCAAAGAAACUGAAUAUAAUUCAAGUGUUCAGCCUAAUGAUAUUUCUCGUAACAGUGAUGAAAGUCGGGGUAUAAAUGUUACUAAGAAAUCAGACGUUGCAAGAAAGCGGCAACGCCUACCUAUAGAAAGAGAGCAGGAUGCCGGUGACAGCGAAGGACACUCUGAGAGUGUCACUACUGGUGGGCGCAGGAAGAGGCAACAAAUAGUGGCUCCAGAAGAGCCUACUCCAGGGCAAAAACGAUACAAUCUUCGACGCCACAAGAUUGCAGGCUUGACCGCAGCCACCCAAGCAUCAUCUGACUUGAUGAAGGGCGAGAAAACAGCUGAUGGUGCUGCUGCUGUGGAACCGAUUCGAAACCCAGAAACUGCUUCUGGGCUGUCACUUGGAGUCACUAGUGAGAACAACAAAUCUACCGACGUGGUGCAGGUUACUACACUAAAAAGUGUGGAGUUAUCACAGGACAAGGUGGUCAGGUUCCAAACAACAGAUGUUGAUUACCAAGCUGAGGCAGCGAAAUCAGUUGGAAUUACAGAGUUGAGUGAGGAAGUAAAUGGGAUACCAGAUUUCGAGGAUGAAGCUGAAAAUGGCAGCACAGUACAUGAGGAUGAAGAUGACUAUGAUGAAGAUGAGUUGCAGCAUCCUGGUGAAGUUUCAAUGGGAAAGAAGAUCUGGACCUUCUUCACUACAUAGUGUUUGUUGCUAUCGCUCUCUCAUCAAUGCCUAGAUAGUGAUGUAGUUGGAAAUCAUAGGUUCUCAUUAAAAUCCUCAUGCACUUUCUCCUUUCCCUGCGUAUUUGUUGGGAAUUUAAGGGUUUCGUCUAGAUGGCAAGUCCUGGCAGUAAUUUGGUGGUUCAAUUUGCAACAUCCAGAUUGUGUUUUUACUAUCAUGUAUUUCUGAAAUAAGUGCCCUGAGCUCUCUUUUGUUCAA